AUGCUGGCUUGUCAGUCUUUUCAGAGGCAGUGUCUCUUACGCAGCCGCUGUUGUGCCAUUACCGGUAGGCUGACGAGAGCUCAUUCCGUUUCUCAACCCAAAACCGCCUUUCUCGGGCUUCAAAGACCUCAACCGAAAUACGGGCAAGAUCAUCUACCAACGUCUGCCUCUCAACUAGAAUCAGCAAAUCAACAUGCUCCGUAUCUGCCAAUUCGCAAGCGACUGCGGCUAUGGACUGCCCAGCACGGAGAACAGACCAACGCUGACAGCAUGCCUCCCGACAUGGUCCUGUACGGAGGAGUAUCAAAUCACUUGAGCCGAACUCAGUCAACGGGGUCAUCUGAGAUGGAUCAGCUGCGGCCUGUCCAGACUGGAAUGACAGACGAGUUUGAAGAGGACCUUGGGGGAGACGAACCAGAGACUGCUGCCGUUGGAGGAAGCACCAGACAGCCCGGUGAUCUCGUCGAAUUAAAGCAAACUGGCUCGAGAGUGCCACUAUUCGCAAUCUAUUUGGGAUACUUCGGAGAGAGAAACCACUUCUAUGCCUCCAACGGUAGAUGGCUUACCAGCAUGGGGUACUCGCCGCUGUUCACAGUAGCCAAAUUUGUGACCCAAGAGGAACUGGCACCUGUCUUGGCCAAGAUGCCCCAGAAUGGGUCACCCGAGUUAUUUGAGGAGCUCCGCCGUAACGAAAAGGGCCCUUCCAGAGACGACGGCGCUCGGCUUAUCGAGAAGAUGGUGGACUUUAGGCUCAAAGCAGAUGCGGUGCACCAAAGCAACCUCGGCAAGCUGGACGCCGUCCGGACGUUCUUGUCAACCCGGCGACAAGUCAGCUACCUCAGCCUCUUCGAAAUCGCCGACAUACUGCUGCCGGCGUCCCUGAAAGCAAACGGCCAGUUCCCGCCCUUUGCACUCUAUGCGGUCCAUUCAGCCCUUUACCAGAACGAUGUCGGCUUUAGGCCGCUCAGCCCGACCAGCGAUUGCCAUCGUCGAGAUCAUUUGUUCGAAGUCUUUCCUCAAUCUCAUGCCCAUGUCAUCAACAGAGUCGUUGCCAUGGUGCGUGAUUACACGGCAACGAGUGGGAAACGCUUGAGGUCGCCCACCCCUGAUGAGCUGGAAGACACCGCGCUGGGUCUAUUCAUACUCCAGGCGCGCAGGACCGUCCAGGCCAGUCGCUCAAAGCGACAAUGGACGCCACAUGGCAUCCUUGCACCUGCAGAUGGCAUGCAGCUGGAGCAGCCAGAAUGGUCCCAAUCCAGCAAGGAGAUCAUUGCAUUCCUAGAAUGGUGGGCGAGCUACGAUCUUUUCGAACCUGGGUCAAGGUUUCAUGGCUACGGCGCCUUAAUCCUCCGCGCCCUCCAGCUCUACGACGACGCUGUACUCGACCAGAGCACCGCUUGGACGUUUCUGCAGGAGAUCGGUAUCAUCCCUCCUUGGGAGGUCCCGUCACGCUACAAAGUGCGCUUCCCAGAAGUCAAAAUCAUUAGGGGUGGUGGACUUGAACGGGAGACUCCCAAAGAUAUCGAAAAUUCGAAGCGGCCAGAUAUCGCAGCAGGGUCCAGGCGAGCAUACACGCAAUCCACAAUAUUCUGCAUCGACGCGGUAUCGACCAUGGUCAUUGACGACGGCAUUUCAUUGGAACGCACUGAUAACCCUGACGAGUUCUGGCUUCACGUCCACGCGGCUGAUCCUGCUUCGUGUAUCAAACCAAACUCUGACCUGUGCAAGUUUAUGGAGCUGAUACCAGAAAACAUUUACCUGCCCGGGCACUUCCAAGCUAUGCUUCCCUCCAACCUAGGGGAAGAGGAAGAUGCCAAGGACUAUGCCUCGGAUGGUCUCGUUGGGCAGUUCUCCCUCAAGUCAGGUAGCCCAGCCUUAACCUUCAGUGCCAAGGUCAACAGAGCCGGCGACUUGCUGGACUUCAAGGUCGAACCCAGCACGCUUGAUAAGGUUGUCUAUUUGGAUCCCGAAGAUGUAUCUCGUUUUUGCAACGAGCCACCGCCGCCGCCAGCCCUCAAGAGCAAGCGCCUCUCAAAGGGGGCAUGGCCAUACUUCUUCCCGCGCCCCUCCGUCUCCGUGAAGCAAGGUGAUGCCCCUGACACAACAGACACGUCCAGCUUUGACACGACAGAAACGUUCAGCUUCCUCCCUGCGGAUCCAUACAUCAAGGCUGGCUAUGAGGCAUCAACUGGCUGCUCCGUCGUCUCCAACACAAUGGUUCUGGCCGGUGAAAUUGCGGCACGCUGGUGUUCGUCUCGCGGCAUCCCGAUUCCAUAUCGGAGGGACGUCAAGUUCGGGCAUGGUGGGAAGGGGGCAUUUGACUACGCAACAAAGCACAUCUACCCCUUAAUUCAAAAAGGAAUCGAACCAAGCGGCAGCCAGCGGCAAGAACUGAUACGACACACUGGUGGAAUCGAGAUAGCAAGCCAACCUGGCCCGUACUUUCUCCUUGGCCUCGAUAUGUACGCCAAAGCUACGUCGCCUCUGCGCCGCUUCUCCGACCUGCUGGUCCACUGGCAGAUUCAUGCUGCUUUGGAGCACGAGCGGAAGACUCAGCGGACCAUCGACCCCGACACUGACAACUUGGAUGCCAUUCUUCCCUUCACCAGCAGCCAGCUUGCGACCACGCUUCCACUGCUACAGGUGCGCGAGAAGAUGGCACGAACAGUCUCUCGCGGCAUCCUCGAGUGGAUCCUCAUCGCCCUUGUCCGCGCAUGGCGCUUCGAGAAGACGGCGCCCGAAAAGCUCCUGUUUACUGUCGGUUCUCGUUGGCGACAGGGCUGCAUCGGCAAGGUGGAUUUCUUCGAUCUGCAUGCGAUUAUGGACAUUGAGGGCCUGAACCAGAAGGUGCUCAUCAAGGACGUCCGGGUCGGAGACCAGUUUGAAGUCGAGAUUGCAGAUGUCAACGUACAUUCUCGGCGGAUCCUCGUCAAGGCACUGAAGUAUUUAGGCUCCAAUGCCGGCGAAACUUCACCAAUGCCGGCUUUGACAUGA